CUGUGCACCGUAGAUCGGCUCCGAGUCAAAACACCUCUCUCUUCCUUUGCAUUUUCCCCCUUUUUCCUUUUUCCUUUUGUUUUCUUCAUUCGUUGUUGCUUUCUCCCACCACACUUUUUUUCCUCUUUUCUUUCCUAUCCUCCUACUUUUCUUCAUCCAAAAAAAAUAAAAUAGAAAAGAGAGAGAGACAGAGAGAGAGGAACCCUAAUUAUUGGGCUGGUUUCAGAAUGAAAGAAGAUGAAGUAUCGAUAGGGAUCUGCUCCUCUCGGAACUAGAACUUGUGGGUUCGCCCGAAAAGACCUUGAAGGUUUUGGUGAUUCACAGAAAGAAAGAUAAGAUGGCUGGAAGCUGGGAUGGGAGUUAUGACCCUGGUAGCCAGUCAGAUGAGAGCCAUCAUUUUGAGAGGUCACAUUUAGAGCCUAUCUAUGAUUCUUUCGUUUGCCCUCUAACAAAGCAAGUUAUGCGUGAUCCUAUUACCUUAGAAAAUGGGCAAACUUUUGAGCGAGAAGCAAUCGAGAAGUGGUUCAAGGAAUGCAAAGAGAGUGGAAGGAAGCUGGUUUGCCCCUUAACAUUAAAAGAGUUAAGAAGCACAGAUCUGAAUCCUAGUAUAGCUUUGCGGCACACCAUUGAGGAAUGGACUGCUAGAAAUGAAGCUGUUCAACUUGAUAUGGCUCGUAGAUCAUUAUCUCUGGGCAGCCAGGAAGUUGACAUUCUGCUUGCUUUGAAGAAUGUGCAGUACCUGUGCCUGAAAAGUCGAUCAAAUAAGCAUAUUGUGCGGAAUGCAGAUCUGAUUCCCAUGAUUGUUGACAUGUUGAAAAGCGGCAGCCGCAGGGUUCGGUGUAGAGCUUUAGAAACACUUCGAAUCGUGGCUGAAGAAGACGCUGAGAAUAAGGAAAUAAUGGCCGAGGGGGACACUAUACGCACAAUAGUUAAAUUUUUGUCUCAUGAGCUUUCCAAAGAGAGGGAGGAAGCUGUCUCUUUGUUGUAUGAGCUUUCCAAAUCUGAAACUUUGUGUGAAAAGAUUGGCUCACUCAAUGGAGCAAUUCUUAUAUUAGUUGGAAUGACAAGCAGCAAAUCAGAAAAUUUAUUGACUGUUGAGAAGGCUGAUAAAACACUGGAGAAUCUUGAGAUGUGUGAGAAUAAUAUACGGCAGAUGGCUGAAAAUGGUCGACUGCAUCCACUUCUUACUCAAAUCCUUGAAGGUCCUCCAGAAACUAAAUUGUCCAUGGCUACUUACCUUGGUGAGCUGGUUCUGAACAAUGAUAUGCAAGUCUUUGUGGCUAGAACUGUGGGCUUAGCGCUAAUAAAUAUGAUGAAAAGUGGCAACCUGCAAUUGAGAGAAGCUGCUUUAAAAGCUUUAAACCAGAUUUCAUCUUUUGAUGCCAGUGCCAGGGUGUUGAUAGAGGAAGGAAUUCUCCCCCCUCUCAUCAAGGACCUCUUAACUGUUGGGACCAACCAACUUCCCAUGCGACUCAAAGAGGUCUCUGCAACAAUUCUUGCUAAUGUUGUGCAGUCGGGCUAUGAUUUUGAUUCCAUCCCUGUUGGAUCUGAUCACCAGACUCUGGUCUCAGAAGACAUAGUCCACAACCUACUCCAUCUCAUUAGCAACACUGGCCCGGCAAUUGAGUGCAAGCUUCUUCAGGUUCUUGUUGGACUCACCAAUUCUCCCACUGCAGUCCUGGAUGUUGUUGCAGCCAUUAAAAGCUCUGGCGCUACCAUCAGUUUGGUUCAGUUUAUUGAGGCCCCACAGAAGGAGUUGCGUCUGGCUUCCAUAAAGCUUCUCCAGAAUCUCUCUCCACACAUGGGCCAGGAACUAGCUGAUGCCCUGCGUGGCACAGCCGGCCAGCUUGGCAGCUUAAUCAGAGUCAUAUCUGAAAAUAUUGGAAUCACAGAAGAACAGGCAGUAGCUGCUGGGCUUUUAGCUGAUCUCCCAGAGAGGGAUUUGGGACUCACACGACAGAUGUUAGAUGAAGGUGCCUUUCAGAUGGUCUUCUCUCGAGUUGUCAGGAUCCGGCAGGGGGAAACUAGGGGCAACCGCUUCAUGACUCCAUAUCUAGAAGGGCUUGUUCGCGUUCUUGCAAGGGUUACAUUUGUGUUGGCUGACGAACCUGAUGCCAUUGCACUUUGCCGUGAGUACAAUCUUGCUGCUGUCUUCACUGAACUGCUCCAGUCUAAUGGCCUUGACAAGGUACAGAUGGUUUCUGCCAUGUCCCUAGAGAACCUAUCACAAGAAUCCAAAAACUUGACAAAGUUGCCUGAGUUGCCAGCACCUGGGUUUUGUGCCUCAAUCUUUCCUUGUUUGAGCAAGCAGCCUGUCAUAACUGGAUUGUGUCGUCUCCACCGUGGCACGUGCUCGCUAAAAGAUAGUUUUUGCCUUUUGGAAGGACAGGCCGUGGAGAAGUUGGUCGCUCUUUUAGACCACCAAAAUGAGCAGGUUGUUGAAGCAGCACUGGCAGCAAUAUCAACUUUGUUGGAUGAUGGGGUAGAUAUUGAACAAGGGGUGAACAUAUUGUGUGAAGCAGAGGGAAUCAAACCUAUACUUGAUGUAUUACUUGAGAAACGGACAGAGAACCUGAGGAGGAGAGCCGUUUGGGCUGUUGAGAGAAUUUUGAGGACUGAUGAAAUAGCUUAUGAAAUUUCUGGAGAUCCAAAUGUGAGCACAGCCCUCGUUGACGCCUUCCAGCAUGCUGACUAUCGGACCCGGCAGAUUGCCGAGCGUGCCCUGAAACACGUGGACAAGAUACCAAACUUCUCAGGCAUCUUUCCAAACAUAGGAUAGAUCUUAAAGAGGAUGAUGCUCAAUGGUUAAAACCAUGAAGACGGGACCUGUUUGCAUUGGUUUAUAUUUCUCUCUAUUUGUCCUGAGGGAUCACAGGGCUCAUUGAAGCUUAUGGUUUCGGCAGUUGAGAUAAAAGCUGCAGGUAGAUAUUGUUGUACACAGGAUUUUGAUUUGUAGAGGGUUUUCAAAAGCUUGUUCAUUUCUUUUCAACAAUGUUGUUUUCAUAGCUUCCAUUUCUUUGAAUGAACUGCAUAUAUUGUACUAUCAUUGAGAGUGGAAAGUGUGAUGGGUCAGGGGUUGGAAUCUA